CCCCUCCCCUCCCCUCCUCUCCGCGCGGCGCGGCUCGGCGCGGCGGGGGAGGCAGGAAAGUUGCGCGGCUGCCGGGAAGUUUCGUAGCAUGGCGGAGCGGCCCGGGGCGGCCGGCCCGAGGCAGCGCGGCGGGGCGGCGGCGGGCGAGCGGCCGCGCUGAGCCGAGCCGAGCCGAGCCGAAGCGCCCGCCGGCCGGCAUGGCCCGCUGGAUCCCCACCAAGCGGGAGAAGUACGGGGUCGCAAUCUACAAUUAUGAUGCUGCCCAGGAUGUGGAACUCUCCUUGCAAGUUGGUGAUACUGUUCACAUUUUGGAGAUGUAUGAAGGUUGGUACCGAGGAUACACGCUCCGAAAUAAAUCUAAGAAGGGCAUUUUCCCAGAAACAUACAUUCAUUUAAAAGAGGCAACUGUGGAGGACCGGGGACAGCACGAAACAGUGAUUCCAGGUGAAUUGCCCCUAGGGCAAGAACUCGCUUCUACUUUGAGGGAGUGGGCAGUUAUCUGGCACAAGUUGUACGUGGAUAACAAGACAACACAGUUUCGUCAUGUACAACAAAUGACUUACAGCCUGAUAGAAUGGAGGUCACAGAUACUGUCUGGGACCCUUCCCAAAGAUGAGCUGGCAGAACUCAAAAAGAAAGUAACUGCUAAAAUUGACUACGGCAACAGGAUCCUAGGGUUGGAUUUGGUUGUAAGAGAUGACAAUGGAAAUAUUCUGGAUCCAGAUGAAACUAGCACAAUCUCUCUCUUCAAGUCCCAUGAAAUUGCAUCGAAAAGGAUUGAUGAAAGAAUCCAGGAAGAGAAGUCCCUGCAACAGAAUUUGGACCUUCGAGGGCAGCCAGUAUUCAACACAACACACACGUAUAGCCUGUACAUAAACUUCAAGAAUUUUGUCUGCAAUAUUGGAGAAGAUGCAGAGCUGUUAAUGAGCCUCUACGAUCCUGACCUCUCCAAAUUCAUCAGUGAAAAUUACCUGGUUCGUUGGGGCAGUAAUGGGAUGCCUAAAGAAAUUGAGAAACUAAAUAAUCUUCAAGCAGUCUUUACCGAUUUAAGCAGCUCUGACUUGAUCAGACCGAAGAUCAGCUUGGUGUGUCAGAUCGUGAGGGUAGGGCAUAUGGAGCUAAAAGAUGGGAAGAAACAUACCUGCGGACUCCGGAGACCAUUUGGUGUGGCAGUGAUGGACAUAACUGAUAUCAUACAUGGAAAGGUGGACGAUGAGGAAAAGCAACAUUUUAUUCCAUUUCAGCAGAUUGCCAUGGAAACAUACAUCAGACAGCGACAGCUAAUCAUGUCCCCUCUGAUAACUUCCCAUGUGAUCGGAGAAAAUGAGCCCCUCACUUCUGUCUUCAACAAAGUCAUCGCUGCAAAGGAAGUGAAUCAUAAAGGGCAAGGCCUCUGGGUUUCGCUGAAACUGCUUCCUGGUGAUCUAGUACAGGUUCAGAAGGAUUUUUCCCACCUUGUAGACAGAUCAACAGCUGUGGCUCGCAAAAUGGGAUUCCCUGAGAUCAUCCUUCCUGGUGAUGUUCGAAAUGAUAUCUAUGUCACCCUGGUACAAGGGGAGUUUGACAAAGGGAAGAAGAAGACUCCCAAGAAUGUAGAAGUCACUAUGUCUGUGCAUGAUGAAGAUGGCAAUCUGCAAGAGAGAGCUAUCCAUCCUGGUGCUGGUGAUGAAGGUGUCUCUGAAUACAAAUCUGUUGUUUAUUAUCAAGUCAAGCAGCCUUGUUGGUAUGAAACAGUAAAGGUGUCCAUUGCAAUAGAAGAAGUCAGUCGUUGCCAUUUAAGAUUCACCUUCCGUCAUCGGUCAUCACAGGAAUCGAGGGAUAAGUCUGAGAGAGCUUUUGGCAUGAGCUUCGUGAAGUUGAUGAAUGCAGAUGGAACAACAUUGCAGGACGGCAAACACAACUUGAUUGUUUAUAAGGGCGAUAACAAGAAAAUGGAAGAUGCUAAAUGCUAUUUAACUCUUCCUUGUACAAAAAUGGAGAUGGAGGAGAAGGAGAUCCCCUCAGGAAAGAAUCUGCACCAUCUAGCCACCUUCACACCCACGAAAGACAGUACAAAGGACAGUUUCCAGAUUGCCACUUUGAUCUGCUCUACCAAGCUCACCCAGAAUGUUGACCUGCUAGGUUUGUUGAACUGGCGUUCUAACUCUCAGAACAUAGCCCAUAAUCUAAAGAAGCUAAUGGAGGUGGAAGGAGGAGAAAUUGUAAAGUUUUUGCAAGACACCCUCGAUGCACUUUUCAACAUAAUGAUGGAAAUGUCAGACAAUGAAACCUAUGACUUCCUUGUGUUUGAUGCACUGGUAUUUAUUAUUUCUUUGAUCGGAGACAUCAAGUUCCAGCAUUUUAACCCUGUACUUGAAACUUAUAUUUACAAGCACUUCAGUGCAACCCUGGCGUAUGUGAAACUCACCAAAGUACUAAACUGUUACGUGGGAAAUGCAGAUGACUCCAGCAAGACAGAAUUGCUAUUUGCUGCUCUGAAAGCCUUGAAGUACCUAUUCCGAUUCAUCGUUCAGUCACGAAUAUUGUACCUGAGGUUUUAUGGGAAAAGUGAAGAUGGAGAUGAAUUUAAUGAUGCAAUACGCAAGCUGUUCCUGUCCUUCAAUGUCCUCAUGGACCGGCCUUUAGAGGAGGCUGUCAAGAUUAAGGGUGCAGCUUUAAAGUAUUUACCAAGCAUUAUAAAUGAUGUCAAACUAGUAUUUGACCCUGUUGAACUCAGCGUCCUCUUCAGCAAGUUUAUCCAAAGUAUUCCCGACAACCAGUUAGUUCGGCAGAAGCUAAACUGCAUGACGAAGAUAGUGGAGAGUGAUCUGUUUAAACAGUCAGAAUGCAGAGAUGCUCUUCUUCCUCUACUAAUCGACCAGCUAAGCGGCCAGUUGGAUGACAAUUCAAACAAGCCUGACCAUGAGGCCUGCUCACAGCUACUUAGCAAUAUUCUUGAAGUCCUAGAUCGGAAAGAUGUGGGUCCUACUGCUGUCCACGUCCAGCUGAUCAUGGAGCGCUUGCUAAGGAGAAUAAACCGCACAGUGAUUGGAAUGAGCAGACAGUCUCCACACAUUGGUAUUUUUGUGGCCUGCAUGACAGCUAUCCUGAGGCAGAUGGACGAUUUCCAUUACAGCCAUUACAUCAAUACUUUCAAAACCAGGCAGGACAUUAUUGACUUCCUGAUGGAAACAUUCAUUAUGUUUAAGGAUCUGAUUGGAAAAAAUGCUUAUGCAAGUGACUGGAUAGUCAUGAAUAUGAUGCAGAGCAGGGUUUUUCUCCGGGCAGUGAACCAAUUUACAUCUGUACUCAACCGUUUCUUUCUGGAUCAGGCAAAUUUUGAACUCCAGCUCUGGAAUAACUAUUUCCAUUUGGCAGUGGCCUUUCUCACUCACGAAUCCCUCCAGUUGGAGACCUUCUCACAAGCCAAACGCAACAAAGUUAUCAAGAAGUAUGGGGACAUGAGGAAAGAAAUUGGCUUCAAAAUAAGGGAUAUGUGGUAUAAUUUGGGUCCCCACAAAAUAAAGUUCAUUCCAGCAAUGGUAGGCCCAAUCCUGGAGGUAACCCUGGUUCCAGAGCCUGAGCUACGGAAAGCUACUAUUCCUAUCUUCUUUGAUAUGAUGCAGUGCGAGUUUAACUUUAGUGGGAAUGGAAACUUCCAUAUGUUUGAAAAUGAGCUGAUAACCAAGCUGGACCAGGAAGUGGAGGGUGGCCGAGGGGAUGAACAGUACAAGAUUUUGUUGGAGAAACUUCUCCUGGAGCACUGUCGGAAGCAUAAAUAUCUGUCUGGUUCUGGAGAAGUGUUUGCUUUGCUGGUCAGCAGCUUGCUGGAAAAUCUGCUGGACUACAGGACGAUCAUGCAUGAUGAAAGCAAGGAGAACCGCAUGAGCUGCACUGUCAAUGUGCUGAAUUUUUAUAAGGAGAAGAAACGAGAGGAUAUUUAUAUCAGGUAUCUCUAUAAACUCCGGGACUUGCACACAGACUGCGAGAACUUCACAGAGGCAGCGUACACUCUCCUCCUCCAUGCAGAGCUGCUCCAGUGGUCUGAGAAGCCAUGUGCUGCUCAUCUGCUGCAGAGAGACAGCUACUAUGUCUACUCACAACAAGAACUCAAGGAGAAACUCUACCAAGAAAUUAUCUCUUUCUUUGACAGAGGCAAAAUGUGGGAAAAAGCCAUUCAGCUAAGCAAGGAGUUGGCUGACAUGUAUGAAAACAAGGUCUUCGAUUAUGAGGGACUUGGUAAUCUCCUGAAAAAACGAGCUACUUUUUAUGAGAAUAUCAUGAAGGCAAUGAGACCUCAACCUGAGUACUUUGCCGUUGGAUACUAUGGUCAGGGCUUCCCUUCUUUCCUCCGGAAUAAAAUUUUUAUCUACCGUGGCAAAGAGUAUGAACGAAGGGAAGACUUCAACCUGAAGCUUUUGACCCAGUUUCCCAGUGCCGAGAAGAUGACCAGCACUGCUCCCCCAGGAGAGGAGAUCAAGUCUUCUCCUAAACAGCAUGUGCAAUGCUUUAUAGUGAAGCCUGUGAUGAACCUGCCACCUAACUAUAAAGACAAACCCGUUCCUGAACAGAUCUUAAACUACUACAGAGCAAAUGAGGUACAGCAGUUCACCCACUCCCGGCCAUUCAGGAAAGGAGAAAAAGAUCCAGAGAAUGAAUUUGCUACUAUGUGGAUAGAAAGGACAACCUACACAACAGCUUAUUCGUUCCCAGGCAUCCUCAAGUGGUUUGAAGUCAAACAGAUUACAACGGAAGAGAUCAGCCCCUUGGAGAAUGCCAUAGAAACCAUGGAGCUAACCAAUGAGAAAAUUAGCAACAUUGUCCAACAGCAUGUCUGGGACCGGAGUCUUCCUGUACAUCCUCUCUCCAUGCUCCUGAAUGGGAUUGUGGACCCAGCAGUCAUGGGGGGAUAUACCAACUAUGAAAAGGCCUUUUUCACAGAAAAGUAUCUUGAAGAACAUCCUGAAGACCAAGAUAAAAUUGAACUGCUUAAGCAAUUAAUUGCUUUACAGAUGCCGUUGUUGGCAGAAGGGAUUAGGAUCCAUGGGGAGAAGCUGACUGAACAGCUGAAGCCUCUACACGAGAGACUGACCACCUGCUUCAAAGAGCUGAAGAAGAAGGUGGAGAAGCAAUAUGGUGUAAUAACUUUGCCACCCUCCCUCACUGAAAGGAAACCGAGCAGGUCAGGCUCUGUCGUGUUGCCCUACAUAAUGUCUUCCACACUGAGACGGCUCUCUGUGACAUCUGUGGCCUCUUCUGUGGUCUCUACAUCUUCCACAUCAUCUGACAGCACUUCUUCCAGACCGGGUUCAGACGGAUCUAUUCUGGAGCCUCUCUUGGAGAGAAGGACAUCAACAGCUUCCAGAACUGAGGAACUGCCCAUCAAAGAAGAUGGUGAUAACCGGAUUAACAAAUUCAAGCGGAAGGACUGGAGUAUUAGCAAGUCUCAGGUUAUCGUGGAGAAGGAGCCAGAAAUCGAACUGACUUCGAAAAUGGGCAUGUCAGGAAAAGUGCAGAGGCCAAAGAGUCUUCAAUUAGGAGACAACAGACUGACUUUGCUUCAGAGUUCUUCACUCCAGCAAUCAACGCCACUCAGCCCACCACCCAUCACUCCCAAAACCCCAAGAACCCACAGUUUUCCCUCAUUGCAAGCUGAUGGAUUGGUAACUGCUAGCUUCCAGAGCGCGCCACCCCCACCUCCGCCCAAAAGCAAACCCUAUGAGAAUAGCAACUCAAGGAAUUCAGUGGAGGUUGCCCCACCACUGCCCAGCAGACGUGAAGCCAAGCCUCCCCCUCCACCCCCAAAAACCAGAAAACCCAGUGUCCUCUCUUCAGAGCAAGGAUUGCAGUGAAGAUCAUCACUUGCUUGCAAAACGGCAAAUGCCUGGAGUGAAAUGGCUGCUUUCCUUUUACUGACAUGCUGGGACUCUCCAACCCUAAAGACUAGUGAUCUCUCCUCCCAUUCCGUUCACUUCCCUUGGAGUUUUUCCUGGAAAAUACCAAAGGAAGCUACUACUGGAACUGUAUUCCCAACCUCUGAUUUACCUUCCUAAUACUGAGACACUAAUCACAUGGGGGGAGAAGUUGCACUACUAAAAUUGCUGUCUUUCCUAGUCAUAUCUGUCCUGGGGUUUUUCUCCAGUGCAAUUUCAUCAGCUCAUUCCUAAUGUAAAUCUGUCACGGUAGUGAUUUGCUUCAGCGUUUGAACUAAGGUAAGCCACGCCAUUACGAUAUGCUUCCUACGGUAUUUUCACAUAGGUUUAUUACAGCCAUACAGUUGCUCUAAGGCACUGAUCCCUCCUCCUGUCCCUGAAAGUGUAGCGAAACCCUGAUUUGCAUGAAGUGAAACAGAUUGCAGCUGUUGCUGGUUGUAAAAUGUCAGGUCUUGAGAUGUCAGGUGCCAGCGUAUGAUGUGCAGUCUCUUAAGAUUCUCAAUUGCAGGCAGAGACCUGAGCAUUGUUAGCAGAGUAAGAAGUCUCUUUUCUUCUAGUCAUCCUAUGUAUUUAAGGUAAAGACAGACGUUCUGCCUUACAACAUCUCUGCUCCAGUAGUGGUGGCUGCUCACUCCUGAGAGUUUAGGUUCACCAGUACUUUGUCAUAAUUUCACUGCUGGUUCUGUCUUUAACACCUACAAAGUUGAUAUUCUUUCCAGAGUUAUGUUACCUGAUUGGCUUCUCUACACAUCUGGGACAUCUGGUACCAUAUGUCAUCUUUGUGAGUUUUUUUUAAUAGGGUGUAAAAAGUUGCUUCUCUCCUGUGAAUAUACUAGAAUUGGUAGAAGUUGCAUUGAUACCAGCACUGUAUUGGUAUCAACAACUUCAAGGAUGGAGUGCAUGUAAAGCUAGGUAUACAUCUUGACCUCAGAAACCAAGUUUGAUAACUACUGUAACCUAUGCUUUGGCUGGCCAGGUCCAUACAAACAAACAAAAACAAUCCUCACUCUCUUCCCCACCCCUCACCCAUUUGUUGCAGUUCUUGCACUUUGUGUUUUAUAGCCUCCCUUGAUCUAUUUUUUUUAACAACCACUAGACUUUAAGGAGUCAUUUAGAUCUGGGAGGCAUGUGAAAGACUUGACAAUUAACCAUGAAGUUUACUGUUGCUUGGAUUACUCCAGCUUGCUGCAGCUUUUCCUUGGAGGAUGGGAUAGUUAUGCUGUUUUUAAGUAUGUUAUUAAUCAAAUUCCUCUUUUAUUUAUUCCCCGCUCUGUCUGGAUGUGAGCAUCAUUCUUUCCAUUUGUCUAGAGAAAAAAAUGACAUGGUCUUGAUUUUUUAAAUGUUUUUAAAUUCGUGUGUCUUUUUUUAAUGUUUUUAAAUUCAUAUGAUCCAUUAUAGAAAAAGCUGUUGCAAACAAUUAGAGUAGCCUUUCCUCACAAUUGUACAGUGAUUGAAAAUUCAGCACAGGUAUCAUCCUUUUUUCUGGAUCAGAUGGGCCUUAUACUCAUUCAGCACUCCUCCAUGCCUGAGUUGCCAAAACAGGACAUCAUCAUUUAUGAUUAAUACCCCUAAAAUUGGCAGAUCCAUUCUGCACCUUGCAGACAUCUUUUCAGCUACCUGUUUCAGAGUUCAGGCAGCACUGCUUAGUUAGAACCGCUGCUCUGCUGGGGUGGGGACUGGCUGUUCUGCAGCAGGCUUACAGAUGGUUUGUGCAGCACUUAAGCCAGAAGCAAGUUCAGUUUAAAAUUCUUUCUUGCAAAAUGAAUUUUUACUCUACUCUGUAAGACUUAGAUCACUCCAAGUAUAGUUACAGCAGCUUUUUUUUGCUGUGCUGAGCAGACAUUGCUAACCUGCCUAUUUCAGAAUUAAUGCAUUGAAGAACUGUCCUCCUCCUUUAUUUUUAAACUAUGUAAUUAAAACUUUCUUUAUGUAUCUCCCGGAAGUUGCAGCUGCCAGUUGAUGCCCCAUAUGCUACCAGCUGAAAAGCCAGUGAGGUUCUGAGGGUUCUUUUUUCUUUUGAUCUGUAAGAAUUAUUCUUGUGACCUUCAGCCAGAAUAUUUCAUCAUGCCAUUCUGCCUAUGCAAAUAGCCUAUUUAGAAACAUAGCUUUUUUAGUUGCUGCUGUUGAUUUUUUUUUUUUUCUUUUUUUCCCCCAGGGAAGGGAAAAAAUCACUCAGUUGCUAUUGUUCCCUUUCACCAUGAGUCCAUGGAAACAUGAAAGAGUUUGCCUGCAAAGUCCAGAUCCAAACUAUUUUGGAAGUUCAGAGUUUCUUAAAACUCAUCAUAAAGAAGAAUGAGCUGGGGAGUUUGGGUCUAAUUUUAUAUCCAAACCCAUGCAAAAUUUGGGAUAUUUGGAUGCAGUUUGUGGCCCAUUUCUUGACCGUCAGUGUUACUGAAGAUUCUAUCAUGGGCCAUCUCUUCCAAGAAAUGAUUUUGCUUAUUAACCAUAACUGUCAUUUAGUGUCUGAUUAGCUGGAAUAGGCUGUGGAGGCAAAUUAAAAACUCUGCUGAAAAUGUAGCUUAUAGUAAUAAAUACAUAUACUUUUCUUUUACAGGUUACUACACCAUAAGGUUGAGUCACUUAUGUGACUCAAAAUUGAUUUCAUUACCUUACUGAAAAACUGAAGUUCUUUAGAUCUAGCUAAGGUCUUUUUCAAUAAAGCCAUUUUCAAAAGACAAAACCCUCAAGAAAACUGAAUCUUAGGUUUUUUUCUUCAGACUGAAGUGAUUCUGUCUUUUGUCUUGUAUGUUCCUCUGGCUUCUGUGCAACUCCAGCUGAAGAAACUUGCAGAAACUGUAUUUAUUUUGCUACCCAUAUGGCUUUGUGAAGAGAUUGCAUUCAUUAAAGAGUCAUAUCAGAUUCACAUCACAAAACAGGUUGGAGAUGUUUCGGAAGUUGCGCUGCAGUCACAACACAUAUAUCUACAGCCAUGCCUGCUGUAGUGCACCUACAGCUGUCUUCUGGGUUGUUGCCUUCUCGGGGGAAUCUUCGAAACCUUUCUGGAGGACUUGACCAUAUUUCACCCCCACUCUCUGUGGUGCAUUGUAGGACUUGUCAGCUCCUCACUGUGUUCUUGGACAUAGACAUUGUGUGACUUGAAAACCACUGGGUUUUCUUUUCUUUCCUUUUUUGUCCACUUCUUCCUCUUCUUGUAACCUACAUCUUCCUUCUGCCACCGAUGCACACCCUUGAACUGAAGGAUCCUCUCAAACUCUUCACUUGAACAAGAACUUUUUGUCUUCAGUGCAAAUUUUGCUUAAGGCAGAAUGGCAGGAUGUAAUCUGAAGAAAUGUAUAUGUUCACAUCACCUACUGUUAAUUCACUCCCUUUCUCCAUUCUACAUCUGUCAGUUACCUCAUUCUUACAUGCCUUUCCUCUUCAGAGCGGAUUUGCCUCUUUAACUCUUUCAGUAAGUCAGCAGAAGCAAAGGAGACUGUGCAGGAAUCCCAGCUAAUGGUUUGUCUACUGUAGGGAUCAGGUUUGGGUAUUUUAGUUCCAGGUAACUUUUGUGGAGUCUUAUUUCCCUGCCUUUCUCAUCUGCUUUAAUAACUUUAAUUCUUAAAGGUACCUUGUGUGCUUGCUACAUGUUUUUCCUAGAGCAGGGAACUGGCCUGAGCCAAAAGACUUCACUGCAAUGAGUCUGACCUCGGGAAGGAUUUUUCAGCUGAUCUUUAAUGAUCCUUAACAUAAUGCGCUUGAAGUUUGAGGAGAUUUGGUUCUGACUGCUUUUUUGAGUCCAUUGCUGGUAAUUUUCCUAUGAUUUUUUUCUUCCCUUUUUUUCCCCUGUUAUUUGCUAUCAUUAUAGACUAGAUUUAUGGACAUAGUACUUAGUAUGUAAGUGGUUAAUUAUCCUGCCCUUGCCCCUACCCCUGGAUCAUGCAGCUGCCAGUCAUCAGGAAUGUUAACAGUUGCUCUCUCUCCUGUGUGCUGUUCCUAGGUGCUAAUAUCUGAGCUAGCAAGAUGCCCGAGUCACCUAGAGAGUCGGGGGAGCAAGUAGGGCUGUUGUUUUAACCCAUCCUAGUGUGGGCAGAACUUUAGGAAGCUCCAGUACUUUGUGUAAUUUGAGCAGCCCCUGAUACAGGCCUCUCAUUUGUAUUUUGAUCUUUGGCUUUUACUUCAGAGCCAGGCUCCUUAAAAAGCGGUGAAGAUGUUAUCUUACUGUGUGCUCUGCCUUGCAAUUGCACUCUCUCACCGUAGAGUUUUUCUUGGUUUGCUGUCUGCACAGUUCAGGCUCUUCUUCAGCUGGCCCGACAACAAAGGCAGCAAGGAGACUGUUGUAGCUGAGACUUCACCCUUGUUAGAAGGAAAGCAACAACUGUUUGAUGCCUAAAGAGCAGAGGGCGAGGAGGAGACUUCCUCUCUCAAGAUGUUUUGGGCAUUUUCACUGGGUAGAUUCUCUAUGCCAGAAAGGGACUUAAAAGUUGGGGGGAUUUGUUGGUGGUGAUGAAGGGUCAUGUUCUCAGUUGAUACAAGUCACCAUAGCUUCCCUAGAGGUAAAAGCUGAAAUUUCUGUGCUGUGCCUAAAUGAUUUAGAAGCUUUCUGCCAAUUUUGGAAGAGAAAGUAUUGUCUUCUAAGUGGCAAAUUUUUAAAAGCAGCUGGGCAUUUAAGUGUGUGAAUAAGCAUGGGGCCUCACUGAUUCUAGUGAAGUGGAAAUAAGUGCCCAGAUUCUUGUGAAAAAUCCCACCAGGCCUCUCUCUCUCUCUCUUUUUUUUUUUUUUUUUUUUCCUUUUAAAGUAUUGAGAUUUUUAGUGAUCAGUUUUAUUUUUUUGCUACAGUACCUACCUGAUUUAAGUUCUGAGAUUAAAUUGCAGAGAUGAUCUUUUGGAAAUGUCAUCUAAUAUCCUUUAAACUGUAGGGCUAAAAAUGGGGGUAGGGGGAGGAACAGUCCAUAAUGAUGUCAUUUCUGCAUACCAGAAAUGAAAGCAACAGCAGCAUUUUUACCAAGUUCGUGGUUAUGAAUAAAACAAAUCUGGAAGUUAAAUACUCAGUCUGCAGAGAAGACAGAAUCUAAUCCCAUUUCAUAGCCAUGCUGUUCAAAGCUAGUGCUAAAUUUCAAGUCUUAGAGGAUUUUUCUUUCUUUUGAGAAAUAUGCUCAACACUUGUUUUCUGGAGCUUUUAAUUAAAAUUUGUCAUGCUGUGAUAAGUUCCUUUAAAAACGUUACAGGCUCUAAUCCACAUCAGGGGAAGAGAGAAGCAGACAGCUUUCUGUUUCAGUGGAUUAUUGGAUUAGGAAAGGACACUGAUUCCAGUGAGAACUACUCUGUGAUCUGCAGUGCCAGAAAAUACAGCAGUGUUUAUGUAGCAGUUGUUGAGAAUCUUCAUCUAAUAACCUUCACACUAUGCAGCCCAGUGUAUGUUCCACAGUAAGUGAUUAACAAGUUAGACUCAUAGUGAUAAUGGCUCAGAUUUUCUCUCCUUAUUUAUUUUAUAUAAUUGUAAAUGAAAAUAUUAAGAUGUAUGUAAUUUAACUGCAUUUUUUCUAGUAAAAACAUUCCUGACCAUUACUGCUUCCCUUCUUCAACUUUUUUUUAAUUAAAAGCUUCUCUAUUUUAUAUUUACUAUUGUAGACCAAAUUAUCUAGUGGACCAGGGUGAGUUUUUCCUAGGACUGCAUCAGAAACAAAAAUUUAUAAAUAUAUAUGGUUCCAUUGAUGACUUUUCAAAAGUGCAUGAGAUUCACCUAAUUCUGCUCCUCUUAACAUUCCUAUUAAUGCUUGCAAUGUAUAUUUAACUGCUUCUGACUCUAAUGUAUGUUUCCUAAUUGGAGCAGUUAGGUUUACUAGUAUGUGCUCUGGAAAAUCUGCCCCCAGUUGAUAAAGUCAGGUCAUGCUAGUAUCUGUGCCUGCAUAUCACAGUCUUUGAGGGGUGCUUUCCAGAAUGGCAGUAUGGAAAAUCAAGUCUGGUAAGCAUCCCUAGAAUGGUGUGCAUCUGCACUGUAGCAGGUACUUAAAGGAUUCACAGCUGCUUGGAAAGAGAGGAGCUUUAAAAAAAAAAAAAAAAAAAAAAAAAAAAAAAAAAAAAGUGACCAAAACUUGUUUAUAUGGCAUUCGUCUGUCUGUUCUGAUCUAAGGCUGUCAUUGAAAACACUGAAUGUGCAUGCCUGCAUACUUUGAAACUGUUUUUCAGAAACAAGGUCUCCAGUUUGUGUUUUAUACAGAGGUAAAGGCCUUCAGCACUUCUGAAAUUCAGUCCUAAUAUGUGUCGUAUUAAUUGAUGUAGUCUUUGCACUGUUGGCAUUGUAAAGGUUUAAUGCUGUGAGGCUUGGGACAUGUCUGUCUUGAAUUCAGGAAUAUAUGGAUGUUGUCUAACAUGCUAUUGUGAAUGUUUUGAGAUCCUGGAUGCGAUGGUUUAGUUAUAAAAACCCACCUCGACAGACUGCACAUACCUUCUUUUCCUCUCUCUUCCUUUAUUCCUCUGCAGUUGAAACAGCAAAAAAUACGGCUUUUAAACUGGCUCUGAAGAAAGAGUAGGAGGUAAGAUUUGGAAAGGGAGUCUGCAUCGCUCUGGGUAAAUGACAUAUGUUUCACUAAGACUGUAAAGCAAGGUGUAUAAAUUUUUGUGAUUUUUAAAAUGUAUUAACUUUUGUAAAGUUUGUAAAUACGUUUUUAAAAUAAAUGUAGUUUUUGAAUGAA